UCUUUUAACUACUGGUAAAGUUCGUAAACUGAAAACAAGUCGAAUGCAAGGAUCUAGUAGCGGCGGAAUACGCAAUUGAUUUUUGCUCAUGUCGACUUGCACCACCAGCACUCAUUAUAAUAUGACAAGUAUGAGAGAUGCUGAAAGUAAGAAAAACAUGACUGACUUGGAAAAUAGCUUGACUUCAAUGGAUUGGCUGCCAAGAUUGAAUGUAAAAGCAAUGAGCUUAGCAGCCAAGGAGGAUAAAGAUGGUAAAAAUGACAAAAAAUCUAAUGGAGAUGGUGAUUCUAAUGAUGGGCAGUCAAAGGAUGGAAAACCUCCAUACAGCUAUGCCAGUCUAAUUUCUCUGGCUAUCAACUCUUCCAAUGAAAAGAAAAUGACUUUGAGUGAAAUUUACCAAUGGAUAUGCAAGACUUUCCCUUACUAUAGUGGAGCUGGAACUGGUUGGAAGAAUUCAAUUCGUCACAACUUGUCGUUAAAUAAGUGUUUUAUGAAAGUGCCGCGAGCAAAAGACGAUCCUGGAAAGGGAUCAUAUUGGGCAAUUGAUUCAAACCCUCAGGAAGAUCCGAUUUUAUCUCGACCUCGUGGUAUUAAACGUAAAGCAAGACCCGACGACAUGGGGGUGUAUGAGGAUAAUUCAUUUCAUUCAUCAAAUGACAGCAUACAACAGCCUAAUCAACGCAUCAUGCAAGUUUGUGUUCCAGACUUUUCCAAUAUGGCAUCCCCACAACAGGGUAGUCCAGUACAUGCGCUACCGUGUCAUUCAUCAACUCCUGUUAACCAUGCACAAUUACCUCACGGACAGAAUUCUUCUACGGAAGGUAUGGAUGGAAUGGGACUAGAAGAUCUUAGUGCUUCAUUUCGAAGUAUAUACAAGACAGUGUUUCAACCAACCAUAGAUAACUUAAAUCAUUCAUCGCAUGAAAGGAGUUUGAUGAACGAUUCUGGAGGAAGCUCGUGUGCAUUUUCAACAUCUAACCAAUCAAGUCACAACUUCUCCAACUCUGCGUCAUCAGCAAGUUCAUACUCACAUUACAGCCACAUGGGGCAGCAGAGGUCUAAUAACUUACAUCAGCAUAAUGCAAACAACGCACAAUCUAAUCUUGUCCAUAUAUCCGACACUGGUAAUGGUGGGCUACGUAAUGUACACAACACUGAACACCCCCUGGGUCACUCUGCAACACUCAACCAAAUAAACAAAGCAUCUGCCAGCACUUCAGGAUGGAACUUUGAGUUCUUCAACAAUAUUGAAUCUCUACGUCAGAGUUGUAGGAUGGCCCAAAGUCACAACUGGUCAGAAGUAGAUUUUACUCAAUACCAAGAUCUCAUUGAAAACAUGCAACAAGCUGAUCAAAAGAACUGGGAACUUGACCAGCAAUCUGCGGUUGACUUAUGUGGAAGUCUUAACCACUUUUUCCAGCAAAGUGGAUUUGUUCCAACUCAAUCUCACUCCCACUCUGCAGGCCACCAGCAACUCCAUCAUUCAAAUCAAUCUGCAGUUGAGACACCAAAUAGACUUGGUGCCCCGUUUGGUGGUAGCAUGCCAUGCAUAAGCAUGAACCAUCAUCAAGCAACUGCCGCAACAAACCAUCUGCAUUACAAUACCAACAACCAACAGAGUCACAGUGUAAAUGUCCCUGGUUCUCAUCAGCAAAACAUGGUGAACCAUGUAAGGAACCUUCCACCACCUCCACGAUACACUGCAUCCAAUACACAACAACCACAAAGUGAGGAUAUAGUCGACGAUUUUGACUGGGACACAAUUUGUUAGUUAAUACCAGUUUAUUGUGAACCUUUCUUAUGUUCCUUUUUAAGUUGGAAUAAUGAAGAAAUGUUUUUUUACUGAAAUAAUAUGUUAUAAUAAGUAUUUUAGCUUGUCUUGGUUUUCAGGAUUUUUUUUGUAUUUUUUGUAUUUUCUUCAAGUCGGUUAACUUGUACAUUCAAAACUCUUUCCUUUGGUUCUUCAAAAGUGGUUUUCUACUGUGACUGGUCAUUGAUGUGUUAUGUUGCCUCGUCACUAUUUCCAAUUAUUUCCUACAUUCCCAAUUCAUAUAUAUUUCUUCAGCAUUUUAAGCCUAAGUUUCAUAUUUCCAUAAUGGUACUAUACGACUAUAUUAGUUCACAUUUCACCACAUUUUCUUUUUUGUACAUUACACCUUGCUUAUCGAUAAACUUUAAAGGUGUGCACUUAAUUAUUUUGUUAUGUGACUGUGCUUUGACUGCCGUAAAAUGAUUCGUUUUGCAUUCUGCACCAAGAUACCAAGUUAUUUUUUCAUAAGGGCCAGGUAUGGUUAAUUUAACUGCCCAAUGAUAAAGUGUGCAAUGCUUUACCAUGAUCGUUAAAAUAUAUUUUAAAUACUUUCUGUUCUGUAAAGAUUUUGGUUUUAAUUUAACACUGUACAUUUCUUAAUUGCAAACACUGGUGUUUCACGCUAUUGUACAAAAGAUGUUUUACUUGGUUUUAACACUUGUUAUAUAAACCACCUGUGUGCCUUCAAUAUGCGUCGAGUAAUGAAGAAUUUGAUGCAGCCAAACUGUUUAUGAUCUGUCUUUUUACUUCGACUCACAUUUUGUGACAUAUAUAAAUAUGCUACAACAGCGGGAAUCUGUUUUUCCACCGUUUUUCUCCAGAUUUGGCGUUUAGUUGCUGGUUGUAGCCAUAUAGAGUGUGAGGUAGCCGCACAAUUUUCUGUAUUACUUUUGUAGCAGUGCUGUACAUAUUAACAUAUAUGGAGUUCCAAAAUAAAUUGAUAAGUUUCGA